AUGGCCUUCUCUGCAAAAGACGAUAACCAAAGAUCUGUUAAAAGAGUUGCUGUUGUUGGUGCUGGGGUAAGUGGGCUUGCUGCGGCUUACAGAUUGAAAUCACAUGGUCUGGAUGUAACUGUAUUUGAAGCUGAAGGAAGAGCUGGAGGGAGGCUAAGAACUGUUUCUCAAGAUGGGCUAGUUUGGGACGAGGGAGCUAAUACAAUGACUGAAAAUGAAACAGAGGUUAAAGAUUUGAUCAGUGCUCUUGGACUUCAAGAAAAGCAACAAUAUCCUCUGUCGCAGCACAAGCGCUACAUUGUGAAAAAUGGGACACCACUUAUGGUACCUGCAAAUCCUGCUGCACUGUUGAAGAGCAAACUGCUUUCUGCACAGUCAAAGAUCCAGGUCUUUUUUGAACCAUUUUUGUGGAAAAGAAAUGGCUCCUCUACUGUGUGUGAUGAAGAUUCUGAAGAAAGUGUUAGCAGAUUCUUGGAACGUCAUUUUGGGAAAGAGGUAUAUGUCACAUUACCUUGA